CGAUGCGUCCUCAGCCGCGGGGACGGAGGCGGACAAGGAGCAGGGAGGAGGGUGCAGCGGGGCCUCAGAGAGCAGCGAGGUUCUGCGGGGCCGCCGGGACAGAGAAGAGCCCGAGCACAGCCAGGGGCUCCCCAGCCUCGGCGCUUUUGGGGACACACGCACAGGGCCCCCCGGGAGGGCCCGCGACAGGUGAUGCUGAUGCUGCUCGUCCGGGGAACACACUUUGAGAACAACUGGUCUAAACUGAUUCCCCCAGCAGCCCUAGAUGGUGGGAGCACUGCAGCCCUAGCGAGCGAGCCCCCGGAGCCCGACUCCGGGGUGCCUGACUCCGGGGUCCCCUGGCGGCGGAGCGACGAGGCGCUGCGCGUGAACGUGGGCGGCGUGCGGCGGCGGCUGAGCGCGCGCGCCGUGGCGCGCUUCCCGGGCACGCGGCUGGGCCGCCUGCAGGCCGCGAGGUCGGAGGAGCAGGCGCGGCGCCUGUGCGACGACUACGACGCGGCGGCGCGCGAAUUCUACUUCGACCGGCACCCGGGCUUCUUCCUGAGCCUGCUGCACUUCUACCGCACCGGCCGCCUGCACGUGCUCGACGAGCUGUGCGUCUUCGCCUUCGGCCAGGAGGCCGACUACUGGGGCCUGGGCGAGAGCGCUCUGGCCGCGUGCUGCCGCGCGCGCUACCUGGAGCGGCGCGUGGCGCGGCCGCGCGCCUGGGACGAGGACAGCGACACGCCGAGCAGCGUGGACCCGAACCCUGACGAGAUCUCCGACGUGCAGCGCGAGCUGGCGCGCUACGGUGCUGCACGCUGCGGCCGCCUGCGCCGCCGCCUCUGGCUGACCAUGGAGAACCCGGGCUACUCGCUGCCCAGCAAGCUCUUCAGCUGCGUCUCCAUCGGCGUGGUGCUCGCCUCCAUCGCCGCCAUGUGCAUCCACAGCCUGCCCGAGUACCAGGCCCGCGAGGCGGCGGCCGCCGUGGCCACAGUGGCCGCGGGCCGCAGCGCGGAAGACGUGCGCGACGACCCGGUGCUGCGACGCCUGGAGUACUUCUGCAUCGCCUGGUUCAGCUUCGAGGUGUCGUCGCGCCUCCUGCUGGCGCCCAGCACGCGCAACUUCUUCUGCCACCCGCUCAACCUCAUCGACAUCGUGUCGGUGCUGCCCUUCUAUCUCACGCUGCUGGCCAGCGUGGCGCUGGGGGGCAACAACCACGGCGGCACGAGCGGCGAGGAACUCGGCCACCUGGGCAAGGUCGUGCAGGUGUUCCGCCUCAUGCGCAUCUUCCGUGUGCUCAAGCUGGCGCGCCACUCCACCGGGCUGCGCUCGCUGGGCGCCACGCUCAAGCACAGCUACCGUGAGGUGGGCAUCUUACUGCUGUACCUGGCCGUGGGUGUGUCAGUGUUCUCCGGCGUGGCCUACACAGCUGAGAAGGAAGAGCACGUGGGCUUUGACACCAUCCCAGCUUGCUGGUGGUGGGGCACAGUGAGCAUGACCACCGUGGGCUACGGGGAUGUGGUGCCGGUGACAUUGGCUGGCAAGCUGGCAGCCUCGGGCUGCAUCCUAGGGGGCAUCCUGGUGGUAGCGCUCCCCAUCACCAUCAUCUUCAACAAGUUCUCCCACUUCUACCAGCGCCAGAAGGCUCUGGAGGCAGCUGUGCGUAACAGCGGCCACCGAGAGUUUGAGGACUUGCUGAGCAGUGUUGACGGGGUGUCAGAUGCGUCUCUGGAGACAUCCCGAGAGACCUCUCAGGAGGGAAGGUCUGCAGACCUGGAGGCCCCCAGUGAGUCUCCAAAGCCACAGAUUUAUUAAAACCAGGGCUCCAUGACCCCUUCCCAUGCCCCUGCAGUCAGCUGGAACAGAGCAGAGAUUCCUCCCUCUUAAGUUCUUCGUGGUAGUGAACCUCUCAGGACCACUCAUGCUGGCCUGAGAAAUGAGACUCAGAGGCUGCAUAUCUUCCUCCCAAGGCCUGGGGCAGGAGAUGGUAAUACCUAGAUUCUGCGAGAUUCUGAGAGCAGCCUGGAAGCCGUCCACGAAGGAGGCAUGAGCCGGAGGGAGAAAGUCGAAAGGAUGCCAGUGAUUCCUGGGCACCUCCUAUAUAUUGCCAGUGUUUGGCCCUGUGUUGGAGGAUGAGAAUUAUCCCCAUUUCAGAGAUGAGGAAACCGAGGCUCAGAGGAGCAACGACUCACCCAAACCCACACAAUAGAAGUGGCAGAGUCAAGUCUGGAAUCCAGGCUUGUUGGUCUGCUGGAACCCGUGCUCCAUCAACUCCCUCUUUCUUCUGACCUCAUGAAGUUUGC